AAAAAGGGAGAGGAGGAGGAUGAAGAAAAAGUUUUUGGCUCUAACGAAUAAUCAAUGAAAAGUUUUAUAUGUAUGUAAUUAUUAUAUGUAUAUUGAGAGCAGAGUAAAAAAAAGGAGUUGUUGAUAGUAUCAAGUUUUUGGUAUCAAUCAAAUGCUAAAGGCUCUCCCUGCGCUUCCCUGCCGCCUGCCCACUUUUCCCUCCUUCAAAAGAAUAGUAUCGAACAAAAUGAGCACGACACCAUCACCAAUAUAUCGGGAGUUCAUUUCUGUGGAAGGAAGUGAUAUUAAUUCAAGAAGUAGACCUGAUGGCAUCAGAUUCCGUCUUGUCUCGUAUAAUAUUUUGGCUCAGGUGUAUGUGAAGAGUUCUCUGUUUCCACACUCUCCAUCUCCUUGUCUCAGGUGGAAAGCUCGUUCGCAGGCGAUUUUAUCUGUUCUCAAGAACUUCGGGGCUGAUUUUCUCUGCCUGCAGGAAGUUGAUGAGUAUGAUAGCUUUUACAAGGGGAAGAUGGAGAGUCUUGGAUAUUCUAGUAUUUAUGUGCAGAGAAAUGGGCAGAAGCGUGAUGGAUGUGGAAUUUUCUAUAAGCAGAAAAGUGCAGAGUUGGUUUUAGAGGAGAAAAUAGAAUACAAUGAUCUGGUAAAUUCAAUUCAAGAUGGACAGAUUUUAGGUGAUGACAAACAUGAUGUGCCAACUAGUGGAAAUAUAAGAGCUGAACCAGAAAAUGGUUUAGAAUUGAAAAAGGCCCCAGAGGAUCGUGGAGAUCCCAAUGAUCCUCGUGUAAGACUAAAACGUGAUUGUGUUGGGAUUAUGGCUGCAUUCAAACUCAAAGAUCUUCCAGACCAUGUUGUUAUUGUGGCAAACACACACCUUUACUGGGAUCCAGAAUGGGCUGAUGUCAAGCUUGCUCAAGCUAAAUAUCUUUUAUCACGCUUAGCUUUGUUUAGAACACUGGUAUCCGACAGACUUGAAUGUACGCCUUCAGUAGUAGUGGCUGGUGACUUCAAUUCAACCCCAGGGGAUCAGGUUUACCAGUACCUCAUUUCAGGAAACUCUCCACUGGCACCGGAUGUGGAGUGUUUAGAGGACAUGCCUCUUCCCUUGUGCAGUGUCUAUGCUUUUACGAGAGGAGAACCACCAUUUACAAACUGCACUCCGGACUUCACCAAUACUCUUGAUUAUAUAUUAUUUUCCCCUACUGAUAACAUAAAACCAGUCAGUUUACUGGAGCUUCCAGAACUAGACUCAUCUGAUGUUGUUGGUGGAUUACCAAAUUACAGCCACCCAAGUGAUCAUCUACCAAUUGGUGCUGAAUUUGAAAUUCCCAGGGACUAACUUAUCUUGCAGUGCAAGUGAUAUCUGUAAUCUCUUGCUCUAAUUCGAUAGCAACAGUGGGAAGGGGGAUUUGAAUCUAGUUCUCCUAAUAAAGGAGAGCAGGCUAUGCCUUUGAGCUAUACAGCUCUUGGUGUAAUGUCCUAUAGUUUUCUUUUUCUCACAUCACUCGCUUUCUCUCUCUCAAGUCUCAGCAAAAGUUAAGGUUCAACUGAGAGUAUUGGAAAUUUAUUUUGCGGGUAGACAAUUUUGGUAGGUUUUUUUUUUUAUAAUUUUUUUAUUUAUUUAAGUAAUAAGUCUUAUUAGAAAAAUAAAGAAUAUCAUUUUGGUAGAUUUAAAAAAAAAAAAAAUUAAAUAACUGAUUACAAUCCUUGACUUUAUUGUACUUGGC